GUCCGACAGCCUAUCAGCGAGCAGGAUGUGUGGUUGCCUAGCUUGGUCGCGACCAAUCAGAGACCAGAUGCGUUUCGGUGCGGCUUUUGAAUUUUUAGGCAGACGUUUCGAGGCAGCCGUCGCAUAGAUCGUGAAAUAAAGCGUACGAUAAAGUUCAGAAGUGUUAUAUAGCGCUUAAAUCUCAUCGGAGAUCUGCGGCGGAAGGACAGGAUGAGGAAGAGUGAAAUCCACGCUGCAGAGUCUGUAGCAUGUUUGGACAAGGCCCUUGGCGAGCUGAAGGACAUCUGGGAGGAGAUCGGGAUCCCAGAAGACCAGAGGCUACAGCGAACGGACGCCGUUCACAUGCACAUCAAAAAUCUGCUGGAUAUGAUGAUCGCAGAGGAGGAAGGGUUGAAGAAGCGCUUGCUGAUCAGUAUUGAGGCAUGCAGAAAAGAGGUGACCAGCCUGUGUAGUGAGCUUCAGGUGCAGGAGUGUCAGGAGGAGGAUGGUGUUACGAUGCUGCAGCUGGAGAAGGAUCUCCGUACGCAGGUCAAGAUGAUGCUGAAAGAGAAAAGUGCUCGUCAGAGCGAGCUGAAGUCUCUGAUUCAGCAGGAUCAAGAUCUGUGCGACAUCCUGUGUGAUGACCUCUUCCCCAUCCAUCCCGAACGUGUGCCGUCACAACAGCAGCUGCAGAACUACAGACAACACAUCAACACCCGCAACCAGGAGAGGGAGCGCCGUCAUGCUGAGUUUGUGGGAAUGAAGCGUCAGAUCACAGUGUUGAUGGAGGAUCUGGAACAGCAUCCUGACACCUCCUUUGAGAAAGAUGCUGUGUGUGAAGAUGAAGAUGCUUUCUGCCUUUCUGUGGAAAACCUCAGUGCACUCAAAGUGUUACUGCACCAGCUCGAGAGCCGUAAAGCUGAGAGUGGAGCGCUGUGUGGGUCCAUCCGUGGUCGUAUUGAGGAGCUGUGGGAGAUGUUGCAGGUUCCUGAGGAAGAAAGAGAGAGUCUCAUGCAAAACACGCGCACUAGCACAAAGAGUAGACUGAACACACUGCAGGCAGAGCUUCAGCGAUUGGAGGAACUGAAAGAGAAAAACAUUGAGCGUGUUAUUCACACAAUCCGAUCAGAGAUUGUCAAGUUUUGGGAGAAAUGUUACUACAGCCCGGAGCAGAGACAAGCCUUCACUCCCUAUCACAGUGAUGAUCUGGAUGAGGAGGUGUUGCGUGAACAUGAGCUGGAGUUGGAGCGACUGAAGGAGGAUUACGCCAAGCACAGGGAGCUGUACGACGCCGUUUCCACCUGGAGCAGCAACUGGACUCUCUAUCAGGAACUGGAGAAAAAAGCCACAGACCCCUCUCGCUUUAACAACAGAGGAGGAAACCUGCUGAAGGAGGAGAAACAGAGAGUCGACCUGCAGAAGAGUUUGCCGAAGCUGGAGAAGAGUCUGAAGGCUCAGAUUGACCAAUGGGAAGCGGCGCACUGUAAAGAGUUUCGUGUGAACGGGCAACUGUUCCUGCAAUAUGUGGAAGACCAGUGGGAUCAACACCGCAUGGAGAAAGAGAGAGAAAAACAGGAACGGCAAAUGAAGAAAAUGAAGCAGACGGAGGAAGAUCUACUAUACGGCACCACCAUCAGAACCCCAACCAAGCGGAGACUCGCCGGAACCCCGACACCUGGAAAAACACGCAAGCUGAUCUCCACCUCUAGCAUGUGUAACUCCACCCCCAACACGACGCUCCGUUCCAUAUGCUCCUCCCCUUCUAUGAGACCGCCCCUUUCCUCCAGCAAGUUGGGUGCGCGGACACCUGGCCGUGGCCGAACCCCUCGUGGGCUGGAGAGGAAUAAGGAGAAUAUCUCCCAUCUUAGCGGAGCUUUGCGCACAAUGGCCGCCAGCCCUCAAAGAUACUACUCCAUCACAUCCGUGGCCUCCUCCUACUCUGAAUUUGCGAAGGACUCUGAAUCCACUGCAGCGUCCAGCGGGAGCUCUCAAAUUCUUCUAAAUCCAACGUCAAGGCUGGAGUUCUGAACUCUACCAUCACACACUGAACUCCGUAGCUCAAAGAUGGACUGAUGGGCAUCAUUGAAGACAAAAAAAGCUUUUAUUGAGAUACUGAAUGUAAAUCAUUUUGAUUUUGUUGAAGAAUUGUAAAUAAUUUACCUCUGCUUUUUAGUAUAUUUCUCAUGACUUUAUUUCCCUUUAUUUAAUUUUCCUUUUAUGUCUUUGAGCUUGGCUUCACAAGUUUUUAUGAAAACUCCAUUAACACUGAUCUUAGGCCUCCGAGAUGGAUUUUAUCUUUUAUACUCUAAAAUCACGAUGCCAUUUUUGCCUUUAUUUUCUGUAAUUGCACAACACUAAGUUUACCUGGCAUCACUCCUCUGGAAAAAUAGCUGCUACUGUGGUGGUUGGCAUCCUGUAAAUAAAUGUUUGUUUUCAUGGGGACAUUUUGGAUUGGAGAAGUGAUUUAUUUAUUA